AAAAAGGAGAACAAAGAAAUGGACACGAUCAUCAGAACAACAGGCUUGAAGUUUCCUGCUGUUGCACUAGGGAUGGUUGUAGCUGCCACACAUGCGAUAGUUUUCGUCUACUGAUUUCCCUUGCUUCCCGAUCACACUCGGCUCUCUGAAACGAGCCAUAUCUUGCUAGAAUUGUUGGCGUUAUGCAACUUCUCUUGCGAUAGUCUAGUUUGGUAGUUAAGUUCCAUAUCUCUGUCUCCAACCUGAUAGCCUUUGUCGUAAUUUUAGAGAUCGGAAAUAGGUUUUGAGACUUGGCUUGGUUGUGCGGUUCUUGAUGGAAGGAAGCUAUCGUAAAGUUCUGUUUAGGCUGGGCACGCGCAGAGGCAUGCGGUGAUGAAUGUCGUUGCCUGGUUUGUCAUGAGCUAGAGCUUAAAUUGGAAAUUGGAUGAGGUGCAGGGUAAAGAGUUUUACGGUAAGUGUGACAGGAAGCAAGGAACUACCGAAUAGAGAGUGUUAGGUUUAGUGGGCGGGCAACUUGGCGAGUAUUCAGGCACGAGAGCGUGGAUGUGCCCAGCCUGGCGGUGAGAAAGCGUGCCCUGUGGAAACGACAGUUCCUACAAAAAGAACGGGGAGGGGUCAAGGAGACUGAUAAUGAGCACUACAGGCUCUCAAGGUGGAGUAGGAGGAGGAGGAGGAGGGGCAACAGCAUCAACGAAGCGCCCGAUGUCUUCACAGAAGAGCGGUCGCUCAGGCUCAACACCUGGCCCGUUCAACGGCCAGAAGAAGAGCGGCUUGGGAAACGGCGUCACGCUUCCCCGCAAACCUUCUCGAUCUGUACCGCCCGGAGAGCGGACAGUUAAACGUUUGAGGUUGUCGAAGGCUCUCACCAUCCCCGAUGGCAGUACUGUUGCCGAUGCCUGUCGUCGAAUGGCCACUCGACGGGUGGAUGCUGCCUUGCUUGUUGAUUCCAGUGCGCUAUUGUGUGGCAUUAUCACAGACAAGGAUGUUGCUACACGAGUUAUUGCUGAAGGGCUUAGACCUGAAGAUACCUCAGUAUCGAAGGUCAUGACGAAGAAUCCUGUCUUUGUUAUGGGAGAUACUCUUGCAGUGGAAGCAUUACAGAAGAUGGUUCAAGGCAAGUUCAGGCAUUUGCCUGUAGUGGAGAAUGGAGAGGUUGUUGCACUUCUGGAUAUCACAAAAUGUCUCUACGAUGCUAUUGCUCGCAUGGAGCGGGCUGCUGAGAAAGGCAAUGCUAUUGCAGCUGCUGUUGAAUCUGUUGAGCGUGAGUGGGGCAACAAUGCUACUGAGAAGUCAAGCUUUAUCGAGAAUCUUCGGGAUAAGAUGUUUAGACCUACUUUGGGAUCGAUUAUUCCAGAAGGAACCAAAGUGCCAACUUGCUCAGCAUCUGAAACUGUCACUGCCGCCACAAAAAAAAUGAAGGAAAACCGGAUGAACUCGGUGAUUAUUGUUUCGCCCAGUAACAAACCAACAGGCAUUCUUACCUCAAAGGACGUCUUAAUGAGAGUAGUUGCGCAAGGUCUACCCCCUGAAACGACCACUUUGGAUAAGGUCAUGACACCUAAUCCUGAGUGUGCUGGUUUGGAUACCACUCUGGUGGAUGCACUACAUACCAUGCACGAUGGCAAGUUUCUCCAUCUUCCGGUUACAGACAGAGAUGGACACAUUGUGGCCUGUGUGGAUGUUCUACAGCUUACGCAUGGUGCUGUCGCAACUGUUGGUGGCGGAAGUGCUGCUGGUGGAGGUGCUGAUCAAGCAACAAACAUGUUACAAAAAUUCUGGGAUUCUGCUUUAGCUCUGGAGCCAGCUGAAGAAGAUGACGAUUCUCAUAGUGAUAUUUCUGCUCGCCAGUCUGAUAUGUAUUCAGAAAGGCAAUCUGGCUACCAGGAAAGACAUUCAAGCUAUCCUUCAUUUGGGCUAGGCAAUCAAUUCGCUUUUAAGCUCAAGGUGACGGGUCGCGAUGGAACGGAGCAAAACCAUCGCUUCAACUGCGGAUCUGAGAGCUUGACUGAGCUUAUGUCCAUGAUAGCCCAGCGUGUUGGGCAUGAUAUUGAUCGUACUCACCUAUCCCGACUUAUGUAUGUGGACGAUGAAGGCGACAAAGUGCUGCUCGCCACUGACUCGGAUCUUGUGGCUGCUGUCAACUUUGCACGCAUUAGCGGAUGGAAGGCAUUGACUCUUCAUUUGGAAGAGCCAAAACGGAAAAAAAUCACGGCAGCCCCUAAGGCUGUGCAGGUAGUGGAAACUUCUGAAGGCUUUUCAAGCAUGCACACGGCAAUCAUUGCUGGAAGUGUGGCAGUAGUUGCUGUAAGCCUCGUCUUGUUUUUCCGCCGCUCAAACUCUUGACUUUGCUCUUAGGAACACAUCUUUUUUAUGUGAGAGCAUGCUGAAUAAGUUCUACAUUAGCACUAUAUAGGUGUGUUGGUGUGUAGAAUUAUUCUAAAGAAACGUUUCACCUCGGUGUUUAUGUUUCUGAUCUGUAACAAGCAUUUCAUAUGAAUUCCAGUGGUCACAUGAUACGACCUUGGGCGUCGAUCUCUUCUUCAUUGUUAA